UUCAGUUUCCAAUAUAAUAUCUUCUCGUACGAUGUUGAGGAUGAUGAUGCCGAAGCCAGUACCAUCAGUUGUUGUUCUUUUAUCCUAUUGUUGUUGUUUUGUGCUUAUAUUUUUUGGGCAAAGCUCUGAAGCCCAAUUCGGAGGAUAUGGCGGUGGAGGCGGUGGUGGAGGUGGUGGCGGAGGUGGAGGUGGUGGCGGUGGUGGAGGUGGUGGAUACGGCGGAGGUUUAGGUGGAGGUUUAGGCGGUGGUUACGGUGGAUACCCCUAUCAGAAUUUCGGUGGUUAUGGGGGUGGCUAUCCUUCGUAUGGAUAUGAGGGCUACGGCGGAGGAUAUUACCCAUCUUAUGGAUACUACCCCAAUUAUGGCUAUCAGCAGCAGGGAUAUCCUGGAUACAGUCAAAAUCAGGGCUAUUACCCGUACUUUGGAAAUAAUAAUUUAAGGUUUUGGUAUUGUUUCUUUUUUAAAUAGAUACCGCCUUUGCUAGCAGCAGUGGAAGUGGGGGGAUGGCUUCUGCGUCGGCUUCGAGUGGAGGAUAUUUUGGACGAUAAAUUUUCUAAAGUUCAAUCUGCAGUGUGAUGGAAAUAUAUGUGUGUACUGUGUAGGUACCUACUGUGGAUAUGCCUAUAUAUAAAAGUAUAACAUUUAGAAAUAGUUUUGUAAAUAUUAGAUGUAGAAUUUA